AUGAAGGAGCUCAUGAUGUCGAGACACCCAGACGUAACCCCCAGGAUGAACCGAGAUUGCAGUUUGAAGAAUGGUGCCAGCAAACAACAGCAACCACCUACAUACUCUGAUGUAACAACAAAACAAUCGAUAAGACUGAAGGAUAAUGGUCCUAAAAUUGUUAUCAAACCCAAAAGCUCUGUAGAAUCUAAGGUAACUGAAGCUGCGAUAAAGGAUCAAAUUGAUAUCACGAACCUUGGAAUUAAUACAUGUGUACUCAAAAAAGCAUCAAAAGGUAAAAUUGUAAUAGGUUGUCAGGACGAAAAAGAUAGAAAAAAAUUAGUUGAAGUUAUGGAAAAGAAAUUGAGUAAUGAUUAUUCAGUAGUCAUCCUCAAUAAAUUAAGACCAAAGAUCAAAAUUACAAAUGUUAGUAGUGACUAUUAUGAGAAAAAUAAUGAGAAUUUGGUUCAGGAAAUUAUCAAGCAGAAUAAAUUAAAUUCAAUGGAGCAGUUGCUACCGUCGAUACCUCAAACGAAGAAUCAUAUAAAGGAUCUGGAGUAUACACUUUUCGCCAUGCCAUUUCGACAGAAUAACAUUUCUAAUCCAGAUGCUACAGUAACCGUCAAGACAGAAUCAGGCUUAUUGGAAUCCGUCUGUGCAUCCUGUGGCCAAAAAAUAGUUGAUAGGUUCCUAAUGAGAGUCGCCGACAGAAAUUACCAUGAGGAUUGUUUAGCAUGUGCAGCUUGUGCUCGACCUUUGUCACAUUCUUGUUUCACGAGAGACUUAAAGCUUUAUUGUCGAGCCGAUUAUGAACGAAUAUAUGGGGUAAAGUGCGCUCGAUGCAUGGAGAAAAUCAGUUGUUCUGACUUUGUACUACGAGCUGCCGGAUUAAUAUUUCAUGUGGAGUGCUUUGCUUGCUGCAUGUGUGGACAAACUUUGCCGAGAGGAGCGCAUUAUGUUCUACGGCAGGGUCAACCGAUUUGCCGGCGAGAUUAUGAACAUGAAUACUUUCUCAGCAGUCCACAAGAUGACGAUCUCCUCGAUGAAAACCGUCCGCGAGAUGGUCGGCGAGGGCCAAAGCGUCCCCGGACUAUUCUCACAUCAGCUCAACGACGGCAGUUUAAAGCUUCCUUCGAGCUAUCUCCCAAGCCUUGCCGAAAAGUUCGGGAAGCUCUCGCCAAAGAUACUGGUCUUAGCGUCCGGGUCGUACAAGUUUGGUUCCAAAAUCAGCGAGCGAAGAUGAAAAAACUUCAGCGGAAAGCAAAGACAGACCCCAAUACGGACAAGGAACAAAAAGAGGAAAGACGACCUGAUAGUCCUCACAGUGAUCACAGUGAGUUUUUGUGA